UGUGCUGGUUACAUGACUAAAACGAAUACUAAAUAAUUUUGGAUAUAAGGAAAGCAAUUAUAUUAAUUGAUUUCAAGUAGUUUGGUGCUUGAAGUUGAAAAUUUAAAGCUUAGAAUUUUGGCAUCCUAACCUUGAAACUGGACCUGAACCACUCCCCUAUGAUUAGCCAAUCAGCACUAGCCUCUCUGACCUAUAAUAACCUGCUUUCGCCUACCCCAAUCAGAGGUUUGUUUGUUUUUUUGGUUUUUUUCUCUUCCCUCAUGCUUCCAAGGACUUCCUGAAUGAGACUGCUGGCCAAUAAAACCGGUCACUACAACUGCAGAGCUAAUUAUUACAUUGAUUUGGGUUUUUUUUAAUACACUAACAUCGUUGUGUCGUUAUUCUGAGACGUGUAAUUCUUUCUGAAUUAUUAAACUGGUAGAAAAGUUGAAUAGAAGAUCCUGAAUAUUUCAAAGUCGGCACACGCUGCUCGUAUCCUGACGCUUCUGGGUUCAGGGAGAGCAAGAAGGUCUCGUAUUUCAAAGCGGAACGCAAGCUGACUUGGAGCGUUUGUUUCCACACGGACUAACAAAGUUGUUUAUCGUCACUGGCGUAGCGGAGAUGGCAGCCCUCCGGACGGCACUCCAUGGACGACGACUUCAGACUUUCCCCUUUUCCUUCGGCUCGCUGCGGUUCGCCAGCUCCUUUAAGGCAGCAAGUCUCACCAUUGAACGCAACACAGAAUGCAAGCCGAAGCCCGAGCCCUCCACGCUGCUCUUCGGCAAACAAUUCUCUGACCACAUGUUGACUAUCAACUGGUCGGAGAAGGGCGGCUGGGAAUCUCCUCAGAUCAAACCUUUCCAGAAUCUGUCGCUGCAUCCAGCUAGCUCUGCCCUGCACUACUCCAUAGAGCUGUUUGAAGGCAUGAAGGCGUACCGUGGCGUCGACAACCACAUCCGCCUGUUCAGACCCAUGCUGAACAUGGAGAGGAUGCAUCGCAGUGCAGACAGGAGCAGCCUUCCUCUGUUUGAUAAAGGAGAACUGCUGGAGUGCAUCAAGAAGCUGGUGGAGAUCGACAAGGAGUGGGUCCCCUACUCCCAGGAUGCCAGCCUCUAUAUCAGACCCACUUACAUUGGAACCGAGCCGUCUCUUGGCGUGUCUCGUCCAGGAAAAGCUAUGAUCUUCGUCAUCAUCGGCCCAGUCGGGCCGUACUUUUCAACGGGGUCCUUCAACCCAGUGUCCCUGCUGGCAGACCCUGCGUUUGUGAGAGCUUGGAAAGGAGGUGUUGGGGCCUACAAGAUGGGAGGUAACUACGGCCCCACAAUAGCGGUGCAGAACGAGGCAGUGAAGCGAGGCUGUCAGCAGGUCCUCUGGCUGCAUGGACAAGAUGAGGAGAUCACCGAGGUCGGCACCAUGAACCUCUUUAUCUACUGGACCAAUGAGAAAGGAGAGAAAGAGCUGGUGACCCCGCCGCUGGAUGGCAUUAUUCUCCCAGGAGUGACCAGACAGUCGCUGCUGGACCUGGGAAGAUCCUGGGGAGAGUUUAAAGUCACGGAGCGGACUAUGGGCAUGAAGGAGCUGCUUGGAGCUCUGGAUGCCGGGCGAGUCCUGGAGGUGUUUGGUGCAGGGACGGCCUGCGUCGUCUGCCCCGUCGGCAGCCUCCUCUACAAAGGAAAGAUGUACCAGAUCCCCACCAUGCAGAACGGUCCAGAUCUGGCCAAAAGGUUCUACAAAGAGCUUACUGAUAUUCAGUACGGACGCACACCAAGUGAAUGGGCUCCACUGGUUGUUUAAACAGCUACUUUGCACAUGCCGGUUGUAUCAACAUUUAAUCCGCUGAUUUCAGUUUGGGACAACCAACAGCGACCCAUCCCCUCCCCCCGCACCCACCGCACUCCUUUCAUCCAAUGAAUGCACUCCUGCUUCGUCACUCGGGGACACAGACGCCUCUCUCUUCCUGUUUUUUUUGGCGCCUUUCACGGAUGUUACUGUCUCAGAAAACCAGUUGGUGGUUUGAAUGCAGCAAUACUAACGGCGACGUUUGCCGAUAUCAAGUCCGAAGAAAAUUUUAAUUGUUGGAGGGGGAAAAAAGAGAUUUUAAAUAUUAACAUGAUUCACAGCAUUAAUACAGACUAAACUUCACUCAGAUGCUCGUACUUUCAUUUGAAUCAGCCCAGCAUUAACAAACAGGCACAUAAUUUGACAUGUUUCAGGUGUCGUAGUCACAAGCUACAGGUUUGUAUUUGGUGUUUAAGACUUUGGUAGUUACUGUUACUCAUCAACAAAUGAAUUAAGGUGAAUGUCACAACAGCAGUUGAUAUUAGCUCGUUAAAUCUAAAACCUUUAACUGUUACAUGUGAGUAGCCAAAACUGGAAUAGCCAACCUUGUAAGGAUGUGUUAUUUCUUAUUGUCGUGUACUUGGCGAACUGAUCUGUAAUUUUUCAUGGGGCCACGUCGCUUGGACACCAGAGUUUGCACUGAGCUUAGUUGUAACAUCUGUGUGUGACUCGGCUUUUUAGAAAAUAAUCAUGAGUGGGUUUUAAUGUUUGUUGGUUUUAUUUGUAAAGACUUUGACAGCACAAAAAAAGAUUUGAGCAAGCAGCAGCACGCACAAAUAGAAGGACUGCUGAACGCCGACACGCUGCAGACGAGAGAGACUGUUAGAUGCUGCACUCCUGAAAAAUGCUGUACGGUAGCAAAUAGACUUGUUAUUUUAGAGAGUUUUAAAUUAUAAUUUUUCCUCCUCGUUGUGAUGUGAAAUUCAGCCGACUGUCUUCCAGAGUACUUGACUGUGUCACCAUGUGUUUAGCUGUGACUUUCUCUGCUAUAUUUGUACACGCUGUAAGUCUCCUCUGUCCAAGUGCCUGAUCUGUCUGUCAGCUUCUUCUUCAUCUGUCCAUUUAAAGCUGCUGAUUUUGUCUUUAGGGGAUGUAGCUGGAUAUGUAAAGCAAUAUCUGUUUAGUUUUUUAAAUGUGCUGUUAGCUUUAUUUGGCUGUUUUUGUUUUUACAAUAAAGCCAGGUUGAGUUCAGUGGG